UCUUGCAGCACCAGCCAUGAGGAUCUCCACGGCCAUCAUCGCUUCCCUGGUCGGCGUCCUGAUCGUCUCCCUGGCCGACGACUCCGAGGCCAAGCUAGGCCUCGCCUUGGCGCCGUUCAUCUGGGCUGGAAACCUGGCCAAGGACGCGACGCAGUCCCUGGUCGCCUACAAGCUGUCUCUAGCUACCAAGGCCCUCGCCAUGAUCACCGGUAACCGCUCCUUUCGGGCCACCAUCUCGUACGACUCUCGGCUCGAGCGGUACGAGGACGCCCCUGCACAGGACGUUGAUGAAGGAGCUGCCUGGAGCAGUCUCAAGAGCCCGGUACCAGUCACGUCCCCUCCGGAACCUGUACACGUCGACAUCGAGGUGCCCGCCGUGACGAAGCCCGUCAUCCGUAUUCCUACGCUACCACCAUUGCCCAAGACUAAGGCGCCUAAGAUCGUCGACCCUAAGGUCGUGGUGCCCCAGCUGCCGAGAAUCGUGGUUCCCAAGCUGGUCGUACCCAAGCUCGUCGUGGCUGAAGUCUCCGUUCCCGGUGUCGUGCAGUCCAAGGUCGACCUGCUGAGGGCCAAGAUCAACGGCAAGCUCAAGCAGCUUGGGGCCAGUCCGUCGGGCUCCUCGGAGCCCCCAAGUACGCGAGCGGCUACAUCCAGGGUGGCUUCCGCGUCGGCCAUGGCACCGGCGCAGCAGCCCAAGUCCAGCUGGGUUCCAAUCCCGCGACUACUACGGCUCCACCCGCCGAACCGCGAUCUUCCGCCGACAACAAGACCGAGCUGUACGCGACCAAAACCAACCACAGCCGCCCGGUCCGCUCAAUCGACGCAGGCGUGGGUGGGCCGCUAUUUCCAGUUCAUCCAGGCGAACGACGCGGGCCGUUGCGUGGCGCUCAUGGUUAUCAUGAAGGGUGACGACAUCGUUAUCUCCGGCUUCUCGGCCUACUUUCCGCAAGCUGAUCACCUGGUCGAGUUCAAGGAGAAGCUCUAUGCUGGUGUGGAAAUGGUCACCGAGGAUGACUCACGAUGGCCUCCAGGAUACAAUGGCAUGCCGAGGCUUCACGGAAAGAUAAAAGACCUGUCCCGCUUCGACGCACAGUUCUUCAGUACGCACCCGAAGCAGGCUCAUGUGAUGGACCCACAGUUGCGAUUGCUGUUAGAGACGUCGUAUGAGGCCAUCUUGGAUGCUGGUUACGACCCGGAGACAUUAAAGAAGCGCAAGAUCGGAGUCUUCAUUGGGAACUCGGCUUCAGAGUCAGCCGAAGCAUUCAAGAUGGACCACUCAAAAAUGGACGGCUACGUCAUACUGGGGUGUCAUAGGGCUAUGUUCUCCAACCGAGUUUCUUACUCCCUCGACCUGCUAGGGCCAAGCAUGACUAUCGACACGGCCUGCUCGUCAACGAUGGUCGCCCUAAGCGAAGCCGUGGUGGCGUUGCGGUCAGGGCGUUGCGAGGCGGCCAUCGUGGGAGGAGCCAGCGUCACGCUUGAUCCGCACGUUAUGACCAACUUCAAACUGCUGGGCGUGCUCUCCGAGGACGGAAAGUGCAGGCCAUUCGAUUCAAAGGGCGUCGGCUACGUUCGCAGCGAAACUGUCGGUGCGUUCUUCCUUCAAAGAUAUUCCGACGCCCGGCGUGUAUAUGCCAGGGUCCUGAACGCCAACGCGAAUGCAGAUGGUUUCAAGGAAGAGGGUGUGCCGUACCCGUCGGCUGCCGGGCACGAGCAGCUCCUUCGUGACGCGUACACCGAGGCCAACGUGGACCCAACGAAAGUCGUCUAUGUCGAGGCGCAUGGCACCGGGACCAAGGCUGGCGGCAUCCAGGAGUUGGAGGCAAUCAGCAGCGUCUGUUGCUCACCGGAGCGCGAAAAACCACUUUUGAUCGGAUCUGUCAAAAGCAAUAUGGGGCAUUCCGAGAGCGCCUCCGGUGUCUCUUCUGUUGCCAAGGUGAUACUCGCCAUGGAGACUGGUACAAUUGCAGCCACUCUACACUUUCAUCAACCAGACCCUGAAAUGCGCUCAUUGCACGAUGGCCGCAUAAAAGUAGUUGACAAGCUAACGCCAUUCGACGGUGGCUUGGUGGGUAACGCCAUGGAGAAGGAGAGCUUAUCACAUCGCAACCCCAAGUAG